UCCCAACAAAAACACACCGGAUGCACAAGCAAACGAAAGUUAAUGGCUGGUAAGAUCGGACAAAGACCAGAAGAAAACCAUGGAUCUAGAUCGCGACUCGUCCAUGUCCUCUUUCAACAACGGCUUUGCGGCGUUCUCGGCUUCGGCGGGCGGGCAUCAGCAACGGGUCCAGCCUCCGCAAGGCCAACUGUUCGGAUUGGUUGCAGCCACCGCACCGGUGCGGACGGACUUCUUACCCGUCGAAGGAUCCAACAACACAAAGUUCACGCUGGCGUUAGACAGCCCGGGAUGCUUGCCCUCCCCCCUUUCGUCGAUCAAUGAACUGGUGUUUUUCCUGCUGCCCGGCGCGGCGAGCGCAAUCCCCGCCAACACCGGGAUUUUGCUGUAUUGGCAAGUUGAGGUCAGUCCUACGGUCCAAUCCGGCUUUGAACUUUUGGGGUCCCUAACACCAUUGGAGAAACAGUCGGACAUUUUUCGAACGGGAUGGUCGGAACGGGAGGAGUUCAUCGGAUUGCUUCCCAAUCAACCGGUGAAAGUGAACAUCGGGAUAUCAAUCGAGCCCUUGGAAACGGUUCGGAAUCUCACUGCGGACGGAAUCGGUGCCUCGGUUAUGCCGACGGCUACCAACCCGGGCACAGCCGCACCGGACAAGCGACCCAUGGUGGCACAAAAAAUCGCACAGGACCUAUAUAACUUCAUGCUCUCAUUCGACACGGGUGGUGCUAGGGGAAGCCAACAAAUGACGGUUCCCGCCAACAUUUUUGAUCGAUGGUGGCGUCGCUUUGAAAACAAGCUGGGACGGGAUCCCAAUUUUUUCCUGAAGAACAGUGAUUGAUACAUGGAUGGAUGGAUGAAUGAAAGGUUGAAUCCAUUCGAUAUUGUCUCGAAAAGAAUGGUACAAUCAUCGGCGGAAUGACUUAUCCAUCAAGGAAUUGAUUUACAAAGAUGAACUCAUACAGUAGCAUGCCUAAAUACUACGAACGAAUAGAAAGGUAUGUGAUCGGAGACAUUCCUCAAAAGAAAGAAAAUAUGUACUAUACAACAUACAGCACGAAUGGUGCAAGUUUGAAGCUACAGUAUAAAUACCACUUCCAACGGAAAUGACCUAUAUACAGCAGAAGAGUGAAUCAUGUUCCUGGGCACGAAUGCUGCAACAUGUUCCUGAACUUAUCCAACACUCUUUGUUCCAUCACUACGUAAGGUUUCUGUCCUAAGCACAAUAACAUAUCAUUACUAUCUGGAGAGCUAAUUUUCAGAUAUCCUGCUAGCCCUAAUCCCAAUUCAGCUUCUUUCUUAAUGUUGAAGGUGUUAGAAACUAGGCUUGAAAUGGUGAACAAUCGCUGCAAUCGCUGCAAUCGCUCUGAACAAAUUCAUAGAAUUAGU